GGGGAAAACCGCUUUGUGAAGCUUGUUUGACUGUAAGCAGACAAAGACAGCGAUGUUCAACCGCCUCCGGCGUCGGCUGCCUUGCGCGUAACUUUUUCGCAACGCCUGCGCCGUUUCUCCCCCGUGGCCGAGCGCAUCAAAUGCCGGUAGGAGUCGACACGCAAUCGUUCCUCGGCGUAACGCUUUGUGACCCCCACACCCACCCUUAAAGUCGAGUCAAGGGCCGCGCUGUGAAAGGGGACUGCCAUGUCAGAGACUCUGAUAACGGGCCAGACGUCGGAGGAUCUGUUGGCUGACUUCGAGACUCUACUGAAUGCUGGGAGCAUUGACCUAAGCGAAGACCACCAGAUAGUGAUCAUCUCCAGCCCCGGUAAUGUGGGACUCCACCCAGCCGUCGCACCCACCAGCACAGGGGAGAUCUUGCUUUUCGCCACCCCGCAGGGGCCUGCCGAUGUGGGCAUCGAGGACAAGAGACGGCCGGUUCUGGGAAGACCUCCGGUGAAGAGGAAGUUGGACUUGGACAGUGACCACCAGUAUGUCAGCACUACCCGACCCUCGUACCUCGGCCGGGCACCACCCUCUACACCUGCACCCCCCAGGGUCCCCCGAACAACGACGACAGAGAAGUCUCGGUAUGACACGUCCCUUAAUCUGACCACCAAGCGCUUCCUGGACCUGCUGUCUCAGUCCCCUGACGGUGUGGUGGACCUGAACUGGGCCUCACAGGUCCUGGAGGUCCAGAAGAGACGCAUCUAUGACAUAACCAAUGUCUUAGAGGGAAUUCAGCUCAUCUCCAAGAAAUCCAAGAACCACAUCCAGUGGCUUGGUAACCGGAUAGACGGGGCAUCGGUUGCCCGCCUUAAGGAGCUACAGAAGGAGGUGUGUGACCUGACGGAGGCAGAGGAGAGGCUGGAUGAGCUCGUCGCAAAAUGUAACCUCCAGCUCAGGCUACUCACAGAGGACCCGCAGAAUAAAAAGCUGGGAUAUGUGCGCUGCCAGGAUCUGAAGAAGUCCUUUGAUUCCCCAGACCAACUGGUCAUGGUUAUCAGAGCCCCACCAGAGACCCAGAUGCAGGUGUCUGAACCCAGUGAAGGCUACCAGGUGUUUCUCAAGAGUACACUUGGCCCCAUCGAUGUGUUCCUGUGCCCUGAAGACAGUUCUGGAGUCUGCAGCCCCGUGACAGGAAGUAGUCCCUCUAAACCAGACACUGACCCCACUUUGGCACCGCCCCUAACACAACCCACUGACCAGUUACAACCCAGAACUGCUGCGUCCACCCAGGAAUUGGGGAUAUCAUCACCAGCGUCAACAUCGUCGACAAUAACCACAGCCUCCCAACAGGACCCUUCCUCUCUCACACUAGGUGGUGAGACAGAAUCAUUUUUAGGAGGUGACCCUUUCUCCAACCUGGGAGAGAUACCCGACUUCGACUUUUCACCCCUCUCCUCUUCCGAUUUCCUUAAUGGGGAGGGUCUCGCUCUCUCAUUGGAUGGCUUCAUCAACCUGUCCCCACCCUACAGCCACGACUAUCAUUAUGGAUUGGAGGACCACGAGGGCAUCAGCGAACUAUUUGAUUGUGACUUUGGUGACCUAACGCAGGUUUUGGAGGAGAGUUAGGUCAGGAGAAGAUGGUGAAAGGACUACAUCGAUGGAUUCCUGUACGUGGAUUGUGUGAAUGGGGAGAUUUAGGAUCUUUCCCCCAAUUCCCCAGAAGUCUGAAGGGAAUGUUGGAAAGGGACAUUUUAGGACAUGGAUGUCAUCAAGGAUCCCAACUUUGUAUUUCAAAUGUUUGGAAUAGGUGUGGGGAAAAUGUUCGAAGGGGCCCAGAAUUAUUAUCAGCCUAUCUGCACAAUGAGCUGAACAAUAUGACUCCGCUUCCCAACCGCAAGAGAAAAAAGCCCCAAAUAGAAUCUCAAAAAUUUUGGUCGUGCAGCAAAGUACUAGCACUUCGGCCGCUCAAGAAUUUUAGGAAGAGAGUUUAGCUUUAGUAUAGCUAUUUAAUUUAUUUAUAUAAAUGAUGUUUCAUAUUUUGUACUGAGCGAGGUUUCCUUUUCACUCAUGUCAUUUUAUCCAAGUGGUUUGUGCAGAUGUGCGUUUGUUUGUGGGCUAUGGACUUGUAGGGCUGGUUUCCUUAACACAGACUAAUUGUAGUCUUGACCUCUUAGGAAUGGUUUCAUAGAUAUGCCCACCAUUAAACUAAGAUCAUCAUUUUGUCAGUAAGAGAUGACCUCAGUGUAGUAAUGGGCUCAAGUUGUGUCUAUGAAACCAACCGUUGGCUUAAUUCCUAAAAGAGAUUUCUGGGAGAGACAUCCCAAAAGCAUCUUAGAGUUUAAUUUCUAAAGAUAAAAAAAGAGAGGGGGGGGGGCUUGUCCUUUUCUCCAGAGAAAACCAGAUGGUUUUGAGGUUAUGCUCAGGGACACAAAAACACAGGAAAUAAAAGCAGAAAAAUCCCAAUUGUCAAUUCCGAUUUAGAUAGUGUCAAAAAUGUGGAACAAUAAAAGACUGG